GAGAGAGGCAGGGAUAGAGCGAGAGCCAGGGAUAGAGAAAGGGAUAGAGGGAGGAAGAUAAAUAGAGUGGGCGAUAGCUGAUCCAGUUAUGUAAUGAGGUUUGCGAGUGGACGGCGGUUCAAGUUGACUUGUCAUGUAUAACAGAGACAGAGAGAACCUAGAAUAUUACAGUGCAGAAUGAGUCCUGAGCGAUGCAGAGGAAAAUAAGAGUAGAUGGAUUGAGUAAUGAGGGGCUGUGUUGUUGUAGCUCUAGCAUCCUUUUAAUAAUUGAACGAAAUAAUAAGCAGUUAUUUUACACUGCAAGACAAGUUCCAUUUUUUGUUAGACUCCAAAACAGAAGCACAUAGUGGUCAUUGGUCAAUGUUUGCAGCUUUGCAUUGCAUUUUCACAAUGUGGUAUUUGUCUGUGAAUAACUACAAUGUGUGUUGAGUAGUUUUCCAUCUUAAAAGCAUCUCUGUUCUGUUUCUCACUCUGCCUGUACAGUUGCUACAUGAUGUUCCUGUAUGGAGUGUUAGUCAUGUGACAUGGUGAAUGAAGAUACCUUUUUGAAGAUUUAUAGCUGCCUUUCAACUGAGAGCAGUUUGGAUAGAUUGUUCUUUAAACUGGUAAUAUGUAUUGUCCAACUAUAAAUCAACUUUGAAUAAUACUGUCACUUUCAGUGGCUAAAAGAUAAACAUUUACUCAUUGGAGAAUAAUUUGUUCUCCAGCUGUUCUUCUGUGAAUCUUUUGGAAACCCAGCACAUAGUCAACCGACUGGUAGGCUUUUGUUAGCAACGCAAUCCCCGAUAAAAGAUUUCCAUUGGAGAAGCAAGAGUAAAGGGGAAGCCGUUGAUGUUUCUGUUUCUGCCAACUGCAUUUCAGUGUGGGACAGCCUCAAAAGGAGAGGAAACCUUACCCCGGUACCCCGGUACACCAGUAUAUCAGCCUCACGAUUAAUCAUAGCAGCUUUCUUCCUUCUUCCUGUUUAUUCACUAUAUUCCAGCAAAUGGCACAGAAAGAGAAGCUACAAAGUUUGAAAGAUUUCCACAAGGACACACUGAAGCCUUCGCCAGGGAAGAGCCCAGGCACUCGACCGGAGGAUGAGGCAGAGGGCAAGCCCAUCCAGAGGGAGAAGUGGGCCAGCAAGUUAGACUUUAUCUUGUCCGUGGCCGGAGGCUUUGUCGGUUUAGGGAACGUGUGGCGCUUCCCGUACCUCUGCUAUAAGAAUGGUGGAGGUGCGUUUCUCAUCCCCUACACCAUCUUCCUGUUUGGUGGAGGCCUGCCGGUGUUCUUCCUGGAGGUGGCUCUGGGCCAGUAUACCUCUGAGGGAGGCAUCACCUGCUGGGAAAAACUCUGCCCCAUCUUCACCGGUAUUGGCUACGCCUCCAUUGUGAUCGUCUCUCUCCUGAACAUCUACUACAUAGUGAUUCUAGCCUGGGGACUCUACUACCUAUUCCAGUGCUUUCAGCCGGAGCUGCCAUGGGCCAAAUGCAAUCAGCCAUGGAACACAGCCCGGUGUGUGGAGGACACAUUCCGCAAGAACAAGACCCUGAUGCUUGCUGCCAACAUCACCAACUUCACCUCCCCCGUCACUGAGUUCUGGGAACGCAACGUGCUGAGCAUCUCUUCUGGGAUCGACGACAUCGGCCCCCUGAAGUGGGACCUAGCCCUAUGUCUCCUGGCAGUAUGGAUUGUCUGCUUUUUCUGCAUCUGGAAGGGAGUCAAGUCCACUGGGAAGGUGGUGUAUAUCACAGCAACUUUCCCUUUCAUCAUGCUUAUCGUGCUGCUGGUGCGUGGAGUGACUCUGCCAGGGGCAUCCGAAGGGAUCAAAUUCUAUCUCUACCCCAACAUGACCCGCCUACAGGACCCAGAGGUGUGGAUCGACGCGGGAACCCAGAUAUUCUUCUCUUACGCCAUCUGUCUGGGGGCUAUGACGUCACUGGGGAGCUACAACAAGUACAAAUACAACUGCUACAGGGACUGUUUGCUGCUGGGAGGCCUGAACAGCGGUACCAGUUUUGUGUCUGGCUUCGCAAUAUUUUCCGUCCUGGGCUUCAUGGCACAAGAGCAAGGGGUGGACAUUGCCGAUGUGGCAGAGUCAGGUCCUGGCCUGGCCUUCAUUGCUUACCCUAAGGCUGUGUCCAUGAUGCCCAUGCCCACGUUCUGGGCCAUCCUAUUCUUCAUCAUGCUUCUGCUACUAGGCCUCGACAGUCAGUUUGUGGAAGUGGAAGGACAGAUCACCUCCCUGGUGGAUCUGUAUCCAUCCGUCCUAAGGAUUGGUUACCGCCGUGAGAUCUUUAUAGCUGUGAUGUGUUGCAUAAGCUAUCUUCUGGGACUCACCAUGGUAACAAAAGGUGGCAUGUAUGUGUUUCAGCUCUUUGAUUACUAUGCAGCCAGUGGUGUGUGCCUUUUGUGGGUUGCAUUCUUUGAAUGUAUUGCCGUAGCCUGGAUUUAUGGUGCUGAUCAUUUCUAUGAUGCAAUUGAAGACAUGAUUGGCUACCGACCUAACCCGUGGAUGAAAUGGAGCUGGACAUUUAUCACUCCCGUCCUCUGUGCGGGUUGCUUUAUCUUCUCUUUGGUGAAGUACAAGCCCCUGACCUAUAACAAGGUGUAUGAGUACCCAGACUGGUCUAUUGGCCUGGGCUGGUCUCUGGCCCUCGCCUCCAUGAUCUGCAUCCCCAUGGUAAUGGUCAUCAAGAUCCUCCAGUCCGACGGACCGCUUAUAGAGAGGAUUAAGGCAGUGGCGGCCCCAGUAAAGGGAGGUGCGAGUUCUCGCCCCAAAGAGUACAGCGUGAAGGGCAGCGAGCUUACCCAGCCUCUGAACCCCAAUGGGGACAACAUCCUGAUCAAGCCCACCCACACCAUUGUAGAAACAAUGAUGUGAGCACUCUCUGUGAGAGGAAACACUGAUUGGCGUGCUGUCUACGUUAUUAUCAUUUAUUUGCUAACUUUGAUAGUGGUAGAACCAGGUUUACAUUGUUCUAUAUAUCCGCACUAGGAAUAUUCUGGUUUGGUUUCUAUGAUGAUGAUUAAGAGAGUUAUAUAUAUAUAUAUACACACACACUGUAUAUAUUGCUGUUGGGUUGUUUUUUAUCUUGGUAAUUUUUUAUCAUAUUGUUGUUGUUAAAGUUUUUGUUGGCGAUGUCAGUUUGGGCAGUAUUUUGACAUAGAACAACAUGUUCUAUGUUAACUACCUUUCUGUUUAUUGUGGAACAUUUUCACUCAACAAAAAUACAGUAAACUGAAUGUGUAACUAAUCGUGUAACAUGUUAGGUAGCAAACUAUUAAGAUAAUAUCCUUACGUUAUUGUGGCAGUAUCCUUGUCUGAGGUCAUUUGCAAUCUGCUGUCGUCGCCAUUUGUUGUGAGAUGCAACUGAAUGAACCUUCUUUGCGCAAGCGGCGGACGCCAGCCACUCACACCUGCUGGUAGAGUAGCCAUCUGUACCACCUAGGCUGAACAAGCGUUGGGCCAUUAACCAAAAGGUUGUUGGCUCGAAUCCCUGAGCUGACUAAGUGAAAAAUCUCUCGGCGUGCAAGGCACUUAACUCUAAUUGCUCCAGUAAGGCGCUCUGGAUAAGACCUAAAUGACUCAAAUAUAAAUGUAACAUGCUGUGUAGAUAUAGUAGUUCAUAGGUAAGUCCUUAUGGCCAAAUACUGUACAAAAUGUUCACGGAAGGAUAAGGUGUUCCUAGGAGGGAGGUGAGGAAGUGAAGGAGAAAAGGGAAGAAGCAUUUUAAGAGUAUUUGUACACUGCCUAAGACCGUCACAGUCAGUCCCGGUGCAUUUAUUGAAACCUCUUUUUGCACUUCAUACGUUGAGUUUCACCGUUAUUUUAGUGAUCUGUUACGAAAAUUGUCACAAGAACCUGCAGUUACAUUUGCAACAUUCAUUUCAAAAGAAACACGAUAUAGCUUCACACCUUUGUGAUGUUGUCCAUAUCUAUCCGUUCAAACAUGAGCAUUAUACUCUCACUCACUUGCUAUACAUAUAAAAUAUAAAAUAAAGGUGGAACAUUGCCAUGCAACAUUCUGUCUCUCUAUGCCUAAACCUGCGAUAGUUGUGAGAACCAUCAUUUAAUUGGAGCCAAAAAUGAUUUCAAGAAUGUUUUGAAAUAAUAGUUCUUUCUCCAGUGAUCUCAUUUUAAUAGCAGUAACAGUCAGUACAUACCUGUAUCAUACAUUUCCAUCAGACUCAAUUGUAUUUUAGUAUUUUACUUGUUUGUGAAUCACAUAUGCCUUUUUGUAUUAACCAUUUUAUACUGUACAGCAUAUGAACACUGUCACUGAUGACCUAUUUCUUCUGAAUACAGUCAACUAUUCACAUUUAAUGUUAUGACCCUGAAUGAAAUUUGUAGUGUGCAAUAUUCAUCAAAUAAAAUGGCCUUUACCACUCAAAUUAUUUCAGUUUUAAAACAGAUGUAAAAAUACUAAACAUAUGUGACCAACAUACAUUUGAAUGUCUAAAGUUAAAGUGAGAUUCCUUAACCCAAAGCACGUACAUGAACAUCCACAGUACAGUGCUUGGUCAACCAAAUUCCUUGUCCAGAAGGCAAUAAAAAAAGAUAUGUAAUACCUGUUGGAAAAUCAAGUGUAUUUUUGUCUAACAUCCUUUGAGAUGCACCUUGCACCAUCUCUUCCUGGAUUGAAAAUAAACAUAUUUUUUCUUUA